AUGGGCUCCUCCGUUGUUAGCCAGAGGCAUUGCACUCCCAACACCGAGGCCGUUGGGGACGUUCUCACCAUCGAAGGCGAAGGCCUACUUGACGACGCUGAUAUCAAAAACGCCCGCCGCCACCGACUCCCAGUGCAGGACCUUGCCGACGAGACAGGGGAACACCGUGAUGGUGGCCACGAAGCCAGCUUUUCCGAACUCUCAGAACCCACCGCCGGCAUCGAAACGAAUGCGCGAAAGUUGGGUAUUGCGCAGAUUGCCCUGCUCCAGGGAGACGAGGUGCGUCAACCCGUCCUUGAAGAUGUCCAUGGCCUGUUAGCCGAGGACGUUGUUGCCGUUGCCGACGUUGGCGGUGCGGAACAUGAACCCACAGGUGAGGCCGGCGAGGUCGGCUGGGCUGGGGAUACCUUUCACGGUCGAGGGCUCGAUGCCGCCGUUGCGGACCGUGGCCGUCUGCACGUCUUGCGUGUUGAAGUUGAUCGUCAGGUCUUGAUCCUAUGA